GCGCUGCCCUAGUUCAUUACGGUGGUAUACUUCCUAUAGCGAGCACGAUAAGAAAACACCCCCACCGAGUUCAAUUCCGACAACAAGAGACAAGAUGGCUCUAGCAGGAAAUGGUCGAGCGAACGGUGGCAACGCGACCGUUGCGCAGCGCCUCCAGAAAGAACUCAUGGACAUCAUGACCAAGCCCACACCGGGCAUAACCGCCUUCCCCGACGACGAGAACAUGACAGUGUGGACCGCGACCAUCGACGGCCCCGCCGACACACCCUACGCCAACCUCAUCUUCAAGCUCUCCAUGGAGUUUGCCGCAAACUACCCCUACUCGCCCCCGACGGUGCUGUUCAAGACGCCGAUAUACCACCCGAAUGUCGACUUCUCUGGGCGGAUAUGUCUGGAUAUACUCAAGGACAAGUGGAGUGCGAUUUACAACAUUACGACGGUGUUGUUGAGCUUGCAGAGUCUGUUGGGGGAGCCUAACAAUUCGAGUCCGCUCAACGGCCAGGCUGCUGAGCUUUGGGAUAAGGAUCCAGCGGAAUACGGGCGCCUGGUUCUCGCACGCCACAAGGCGCCGGAGGAGCUGGACGCCUGAGCAUCCUGGGCGAUUUCUCGU